GGCUAUAUCUGUUCACCAUAACUUGCUGGAUCUGAAGACUUCUAAUUCUUUUUAUCCAACAUCAGAGGCAGAAGACGUCCAUUGAGCUGUUUCUAGAUAAACAUUUUCCUCCACAAGAAAGAGUUUGAAAAGUGAUGCCAGUUUCUUCAAUUGGACGAGAUCAAUGAACAAAAACAACUGGCUCUGAUAUACCUGUGGGGAGUAUCCAGUAAGUAAAACUGAGACUCCCUGCUGGAAAAAUGGUGAAACUACAAAGGAUUAUCUUCUUGAUUGCAGCAACCAUCUUUGUUUGUGGAGGGGCCGUAUGUAGCAAGACCACAUUCCUUCUCCUCAUCACCUUGUCUCAUGAAGGUACAAAGACACUCCUUCCAGAACAGAAACCCCUGGCACUGAUGUGUMUUGGCUGCUCUSUCAUUGCACCAAGUGUGUUUGUGCUGCUCARAAGCAUCUGGAAAACAUGCCAUAAAACAUCAACACUGCCCAGGAAAACAACUGCAGCCCUGGUUUUAUUGUUUGAACUUGGUGUUUCUGUGGGUGUAGCUGGUCUCAUCAUUGCUGUGAUGCCACAUUUGGACAUUGUGACCAACAUUACAAUCCUGAAUACUGUAGCUAUCCUCUCUGUGCUUCUACAAAUGUUCACUCAGUGCAUUGCCAAGAAAAGCAACAUCAUCUUGGUACCUUCCAUCAUGGCCUUCAUCAAGGUUUUUGCAGGCUGCAGUCUGUUGCUUGUUCUAUCCAUCAUGAAGAACCCUAAUGAUGUAAACAUGGCUGKUUGGUUGGGYCUUGCUKUUAGUGGGUSCAUCUUGGUGUCUUUCAAACGGUGGGAGAUSCACCUUAAGCUGAUCUGUGAGAGCAGCWGCUYUCUCUUCCUCCAGAACUUCUUGAAAGACAUGACAAGGAGCCAGAACUUCCUGCACAUCAUGUCGAGYAUCAUCAGGAUUGUAGUCAYCACCUGUGUGCUUGGAGCCUGUGUCCCUCUGAACAAAACAAACUGGGAKACAGUGAGCUYCAUUCAGGACCAUGAAAAAAGACUUWUAUUGAUCAUCACUGGCAUCCAGSUGAUCUCCUCAGCACUCUGUCAUCAGUUUGCAUCAACAGCCUGCAAGAUACAAACUAYUCAACGAUGCUUYRUUCCAGUUUUGUAYRUAGCUUCCCUGGCUGUGAUGGCUUUGCUCAUCGUUCCUGUUAUUGUUUUCUACAAAGACAUCAUAGACACAACWGAGAGCUUCAGCUUAACAAGUUACUGCAAUUUACUCAUGGAUGAAAAAAAUCUAAGAGGAAGUGGUAAUAUGUUCCUGCAGCUGGUUUUGGAUGUUACAAAAACUCUGUGCUACUUGGACAUGUCCAACAUUGGAUUAAUGACAGGCAUGGCAGUGUCCUGGUGGAUUGGCAUUGGUUUAGCCACCAUUUAUAUCUGGUAUUCCAAGAAACAUUGCAUGCAURUGACUCSAAACCAGUUUAUAAAGAGUCUGCAUGAUGGGGUCUUUAUCGAGCAAUCUUUGCUYAAGACCCAAUUUGACAUCCAGACUGAAAACAACACAAUUGAAUGUUUCUCAAAGUUUGUUGUCAUUCAAACAUUUAAGGAAAAUACCACCACUGCUAUGGUUUAUCUGUGUACAACUAUGUGGCACGAGACAGAGGAUGAAAUGAGGGACAAUGUGAUCUCAAWGUUCAGGCUUGACCAGUACAGACCAAAGACGGAGCCAAAGUUUAAGGAUUUCACUUUUGAAGCCCAUAUCUACUUUGAUGAUGCUUUUGAACAUGUUGAUGGAAUCCAGAGUCGUCAACUCAACAAAUGUGCAAAAAACCUUGUGAAAAUCAUCUCUGAGGUGUAUGGCUCCUUCAUCAACACUGAUGAUACUUUCCUUGGAAACAACGAAGUUUGGAAGCUCCUAAAGACACCAUAUGGAGGUCGUCUCGUCGUCACCUUGCCUCAUGGGAAUGACUUUGUGGUUCACUUCAAGGACUCAGAGCUCAUCCGGAACAAGAAGAGAUGGACUCAGGUAAUGUACCUUUACUAUCUUCUGGAUUGGAAUCUAAUGACCAACAACAACAGAAACCUACAGGAAGGAUUUAUUGAAAAUAACAUUGCAGAAGAGAUCCAGAAAAUGAAGAAGAACACCUACUUGUUGGCUAUGGAUGGAGACACGUAUUUACAGCCCACUGAUCUUAAGAUCCUCCUGAAGCAUCUUCAGUCUAAUCCUCGUGUUGGGACUGUGUCUGGGAGAAUUCACCCCAUUGGGACAGGUCCUGUAGUUUGGUUCCAGAAGUUUGAGUAUGCAGUGAACAACUGGUUACAGAAGACAACUGAGYAUGCGUUUGGCAGCUUGUUGUGCACUCCUGGCAGCUGCAGUCUGUUCAGAGCAGAGGCGCUGAUGGAUGACGAUGUCUUGGACAAAUUUUCAGUCGAAUCCACUAAGCCCAACCACUACCUCCAGUAUGACCAAGGUGAGGACCGAUGGCUAACUAGCUUGCUUUUAAGACGUGGGUGGACAGUGGAGUACAUUGCUGCAUCAAACUCUUACAGCACAGUACCACAGACCUUGAAAGAACUGUUUAACCAGCGAAGACGAUGGGUGCCGACCACACUGGCAAACACAGUCGACCUGCUGAUCUUCAAUUACAAUAUUUCCACAAGGAAGUCACCCAUGUCCCGGCUAUUCAUAUUCUAYCAAGUGUUUGCCUUCUUCGUAUACGUUUUAUCACCUGCCACCACCUCUUUUUGUAUAGCAGUCAGUUUGUCCUUCCUGCUCGACAUCCAUUUUGCUGUGGCUCUGCUCGUAGUCGUGAUACCUUCUGUUAUCUACGUGGGACUUUGUUUCAAGCUCAAAGAAGACUAUCAGAUCACUACGGCAGCAGUUUUCAGCAUCUUAUAUGCAGUUCUCAUGUUUGUGUUAAUAAUGACUCCUUUCGGAUCAAUGGUGAAAGGACAAACCAUUCUGACACCAAGCAGCGUUUUUCUUGGCCCUACGUUCAUUCAUUUCUUUAUAACCGCGGUCAUGCAUCCUCAGGAACUUUCAAAGAUGUUGUAUGCCUGGUUCUACAUCCUCUUUUUGCCAAGUUUCGACACCUUGCUUUUUAUCUACACGGUGGUCAACAUGAACUGCAUCCACUGGGGCACCAGAGAGACUAACUCUGAUGAUGGAACCCUCAACCCUACAGCCCCACAGCUAACAAAAGCACAGAAAUGUUGGACAACAGAACUGCAGAGUUUGUGUGGUGACAUACAGCUGCAGGAGGAGUCUAUCAGUAAGGAAGAAGAACACUACUGGAAAGCAUUGCAGGAAAGGCUCCUGAAACCGUUUCAAUUUGACAGGGAGACYAUUGAAAAGAAUCAAAAUGACCUGAGAGGGUUUAGAAACAAGAUCAGCUUUUGGUUUUUCUUUGGGAAUGCCCUGUGGCUGCUCUUGCUUUUCUUCAUCAACAUCUUUAAGCUCCUACCCUGCCUGAUAAAUAUUGAUGUCAAUGUUGAAGAAACCGGAAGGAUAUUUCGAGUUGAGUUUGUGGGGUUGACAUUUUUCCUGGGACCUGCGAUGGUGGUUUUGCUCCAGUUUAUUGGGAUGCUGUAUUACAGAGUUUAUGCAAUCUUUAACUAUAUCACAUCUUUGGACACUGAGCCUGAACCACUGACAUGGAAGAAAAAACAUUCUUAAAGGGCAUCAGCUGCCAGCUGUAUCAGCUUCACUAAUCAGCCUGAACUUCAACUCUGCCUCAGCUGUUGGAAUCUGGGAAACAGAUUAUUCUUGUUGAACAGUUUAUAAUAAAGAGAGAAUGGAAAUUAA